CGACCUCCACGGUUAUUUUCUGCUCAGGAACGAUGUCAAUCAAACGACGUGGGGACGUUGUAGCGCGCGCAGUGUAACAACUACUGCUGUUUCAUGUCAAUACACACUGCAUUUGAGAGAGAGUACUGAACAAUAUCAUCCAUCCAUGCACAAACCACAUAUAAUUAGGAAGGAGGAAAAGACACUACCACCAGCUAAACAACUGUUAAAGAUUAUAUGUCUUUGGAGAACAUUGGUCCUAAAUUCAAUUCGGAGUUGGAAAUCAAGGACACAUUAAUCUUUUCAAAAUGAUCAGGAGGGGUCCAACACGAAUCGCUCUCAAAAUCGAUGACAUCUCGGAGUUCGACAAUUUCAAGAAAGAACUCGAACAGCAAAGGAGAGAAAAACAACAGGGUUCGGGAGGAGACAUGCAAGGGGUGGAAAUUCAAAGUGACGUCACGUCCACUACUACACAGUGGGAAACCCAGGCUAGUCUACUCGGAACCACAAAGGACCUCGAUGCCAAAGCCAGACAACAGAGGAUUCAACAGCGGAUUGGUUUUGACCCCCGACCUGCACCUUCGACCUCAAGUCGCAUCGGGGAACUCCGUGGAGGGGAAUGAACCACGUGGGCAGCAGCAGGCACGCUGCACCUUUAACAUUUGAGUCAUUUGACGAAGACGAGUCGGAACACUUUUAUGAAAGUCGAAAAACUGCGGUGGGAGAUCUGCUAUGGACUGACUGCAAAGACUGGACACAAAGAUGCGUUCUGGCCAUCCAUUUCAGUCUGGACAUGUCAACAAAAACAAAUGAAAAUACCACAUGCCUCCCCCCCCCCACCCUCCCCCACCAUCUCCACUAUUAUUGCAGUACUACCAGAAGGAAUAUCCUCAAUCUUAGUUGAUGAAAAUUUCUGCCCCAUCAAAGAUAGGUCGUCGCUUCAUCACACAACUGCUGCAGAAACCCUCUUCAAAAUGGGCAUAAUUCAAAGUUGACAUUCUUGAUAGACGUCUUGAAGACUCCUCUAAGCUCUUCUUAGACUCCACCAUCAUAUUUGAAGUUGUGGAAACUUCCAAGCUUCUUGUGAUAUUACCAAAAGGUGGAAUGCCAGUGACUCAACAUUCUUCCAAAAUUAAUGUGAUACUUGUUUUGCCAUUUAAUAUGGCAGGCCUGAUACUUCACGGAGGCAACGGAGGCGAUUGCCUCCGUUUCCCCUUGCCAUUGCCUUGGUGCCCUUGA